AUGGCAUUAAACAGAGGAAGCUCGCCGACGUCGUCAAUCUUUAAAAAGCAGAAGCACUCGCCGUCCUCACCGCCCACUGCCGCGUCCUACCUUUCUGCGCUCUCGCAGGCAGAUGCAAGGGCCAGAAAUGCUCAGCGAGGAACCCCGACUUCGACACCAGCGCUAUCUCUAUCCUCUUCGCUCACGACUUCUACUGAAGACACAGUUCUUACUGAAGAAGAUGGUGGUAACAGUGACGGUCUUGCUAUCCCGGUCGGCAAACCACCAAACUCUGAGCAGUUGUACACGACGGUUCAUACAGAGUUUGGUCACUGUUACAAUGAGGAAUAUCGGCACAUCUCGCAGCAUCCCCAAGGGGCGCCAGUUCCUCGGCAUGUCGAACAAGAUCCUCCGUACUACAUUCUCUUUUCGACGUAUAUCAGUUAUCUUAUUCUCAUUGUCCUUGGCCAUUUGAGGGACUUUCUCGGAAAACGGUUCCGUGCACAGUCGUAUAAGCACCUCACACCUCAUGAUGGUUACGCGCCCCUCAACUCUGACUUUGACUCGUUCUAUACCCGUCGCCUCAAGAAACGUAUGGAUGAGUGCUUCCUUCAACCUGUCACAGGCGUUGCCGGUCGUACGAUCUCAUUAUUGGACCGCUACACACCCGACUGCAAUCAAACUCAAAUUAUCCUCGACACGCGAACUCGCGCCCUUAAUGUCUCUUCAUACAACUAUCUAGGUUUUGCACAAGCACGCGGCGGUUGUGCUGAUGCAGUUGAAGAGAGUAUGAAGCGCUACGGCGUGACUUCUUGUGGCUCUAGGCUUGAAGGCGGUUCCACUGACCUUCACACCUUGGCCGAGUCCGUGGUCGCUAAAUUUGUCGGGAUGGAAGCUGCCGUGAUUAGUUCAAUGGGUUUCGCAACCAAUUCUACAUUCAUUCCUGCGCUGGUAUCUAAAGGAUGUCUAAUCAUCUCAGACGAAUUAAAUCAUUCGUCCAUCCGGUUUGGAGCUCGAAGUAGUGGUGCGCAUGUGCGGAUGUUCAAGCAUAAUGACAUGGAGGCUCUCGAAUCCCUUCUGCGAGAGGCCAUAAGUCAAGGACAGCCUAAGACUCACCGUCCUUGGAAGAAGAUUCUGCUUAUUGUCGAAGGGAUGUAUAGUAUGGAAGGCACUAUGGUCGAUCUACCUAGUGUCUUAAUGCUGAAGGAAAAGUAUAAGUUUUAUCUUUUUGUGGAUGAAGCCCAUUCUAUUGGUGCCAUUGGACCUCACGGACGCGGUGUUUGCGACUACUUUGGUGUCGAUCCACGAAAGGUUGAUGUUCUCAUGGGAACGUUUACAAAGUCUUUUGGUGCUUCAGGAGGGUAUCUUUCAGGAAACAAAGCCCUCAUUGAUCGUCUCCGAAUCCGUGGCUACUCGGGUGCUUAUACAGAAGCAAUAGCCCCCCCAGUACUUACUCAAAUCAUUGCUAGUAUGGCCAGCAUCAUGAGCAUCGACGAUGAUGGAUCCGUUCCUGGCGCCAUCAAACUUGGACUUCACCCCUCUUCAUCGUCAUCUACCCUUCACCAGGUUGUCGAUUAUCCUCAUCCUGGUCCAAUAUCUCAACGUGCCCUUCCUCACUGGCUGUCCCUUCCUUUGCCCCUUGCUUCUGGAGCCGAAGGUCUUAUGCGUCUCCGCCGCCUCUCUUUUAACUCAUACUACCUCCAUCGUGGACUUGACAAGCUUGGAUUCAUCACUUAUGGCCAUCCUUCCUCUCCCAUCGUUCCCCUCCUACUUUUCAACCCAGCGAAAAUGAUCAUGUUCCAUCGGAUGAUGAAGGACCGAAAGACUCCCAUCGUCAUCGUCGUUGUGGCCUAUCCUGCGACACCGCUUGUCACAUCGCGGGUUAGAUUUUGUGUAAGUGCGAGCCAUACGAAAGAGGACAUUGAUUCUGUGUUAAUGGCAUGUGAUGAGAUCGGGGAUGUACUGGAUUUGAAGCAUGGACUAAGCAAAGGGGAAAGAUGGAGUAUAGAUGAGGUGUGCAGGCGUGCAGUAGAACUGGUACAUAUACCAGAUCACGAGCACUGA